GGCUGACAACCGCCCACGCACAUAUGACUGGUUGUCAGCCAAUCGGUAAAGUAUCAUUUCUUCUCGUGCAGCACAUAAAUGAAUAUUCAAUUACAAGCCUUUGGCCUAGUAGAAUUCGAGUGACGCACUUUGCAUGUUUGUGGACGGUCCGUGGGUGGGAAUAAAGUGCGAUAAAAGGAACACACUGCACCUGCGAGUGAUUAAUUACAUUAUCAUCACGUCGCUGUAAACAAACAACUAUGCUAGCACGGUUUGUUCUUGUACUUUGUUUUGCAGCCUUGGUAAGAGCGGCUGCUAUCCCUGAUGGCUCGAUAGUACCAAACUGCUCUCAAUACUCCUUGCCUAUAUGUCAACGGGAUUAUAGCCCUGUGUGUGGCACAGAUGGAUUAACAUACUCCAAUGAGUGCAUGCUGUGUAUGGAAAUUUUUGAGACAAAUGUCAACCUAUUAAUCUCCAAAAUGGAUACAUGCUGAGCCAGAUCCACUCGUUUUAUUUGGACUGUGACAUGAAGGCUGGAACCACGUGUUGCUUUUUAAUUUUUUUUUUAGUUUUAGAAUGAAGAUUUUGUUCUAUAUUUUUUAUAUAUUCUAAUCUUUAAAUAAAACUUUGAUACAAGUCUAUGUGUGGGAUUUUUUUUUCCAGUUUUUCCCUUCUCCAUGAUUGUAGCACCUUUUGAUGGCUCCUACCUGUUGGACUAUUGAUAAAAAUAGG